AUGUCUCGGGAUUACUUUGGGUUUUCCCACAUCACAAGAAACAAGGGAAAUGAAUCUUCUCAAAAUGUUAUCAACAAUCCAGCAGACAUCUCCGUUAUUGUUGUCUAUUUUGUCGUUGUAUUGGCAGUGGGAGUAUGGGCUAUGGUCCGCUCUAAUCGAUCCACUGUGGGUGGCUUCUUCCUUGCUGGAAGGAAUAUGGUGUGGUGGCCGAUUGGAGCAUCACUUUUUGCAAGCAACAUUGGCAGCGUCCACUUUGUAGGGCUUGCUGGUACUGCUGCAGCAUCUGGAAUAGCCAUUUGUGGAUUUGAAUGGAAUGCUCUUGUUCUUAUGGUCAUUUUGGGAUGGAUCUUUGUGCCAAUCUACAUCAAAGCAGGGGUAGUCACCAUGCCGGAGUACCUAAAGAAGAGGUUUGGGGGACAGCGCAUUCGUAUUUACCUCUCUGUACUCUCCCUCUUCCUCUAUGCUUUCACUAAGAUUUCUGCCGACAUGUUCUCUGGAGCCAUUUUCAUCCAGCAGGCCCUUGGGCUGAAUAUCUAUGUUGCUGUAAUCGCUCUACUGGCAGUUACUGCCCUUUACACCGUAACAGGUGGACUGGCUGCAGUAAUAUACACAGAUGCCCUACAGACCAUCAUUAUGAUUAUUGGAUCCUUUAUUCUCAUGGGUUUUGCUUUCAAUGAAGUGGGGGGCUAUGACAAUCUAAUGGAAAGGUACAUGACAGCAGUUCCCUCAAUCACUGGUAACAUCAGCGCAGAGUGCUAUCUGCCUCGGCCAGAUGCCUUUCACCUGUUCAGGCAUCCCAUUAAUGGAGACUUGCCAUGGCCUGCCCUGGUGUUUGGACUGACUGCUCAGACAAUUUGGUACUGGUGCACCGAUCAGGUGAUUGUCCAGCGUUGCCUCUCAGCUAAGAAUCUCUCUCAUGUUAAAGGAGGAUGCAUUUUGUGUGCCUACCUAAAGCUGUUGCCCAUGUUUCUCAUGGUUUUUCCUGGGAUGAUAAGCAGAAUCCUCUAUCCAGAUGUGGUGGCAUGCGUUGACCCAGAUGAAUGUCAGCAUUACUGUGAGUCAAGUGUGGCAUGCACCAACAUUGCUUAUCCCAAACUGGUCGUGGACCUGAUGCCCAAUGGUCUGAGGGGUCUUAUGCUAUCAGUAAUGCUGGCCUCUCUAAUGAGCUCCCUUACCUCAAUAUUUAAUAGUGCUAGUACUCUUUUCACCAUGGACAUUUAUACUAAGAUCCGUCCAAAUGCCAGAGAAAGGGAACUGAUGAUUGCUGGAAGGGUGUUUAUUGUGUUCCUUAUUGGUGUGAGCAUUGCAUGGAUCCCUGUGGUGCAAUCAGCCCAGAGUGGUCAGCUCUUUGACUAUAUCCAGUCUAUCAUCAGCUACCUUGCUCCACCUAUUUCAGCUGUCUUCCUUCUCGCUAUUUUUUACAAGCGUGUCAAUGAGCCUGGUGCAUUUUAUGGACUUAUCAUCGGUCUGAUUGUUGGCCUGGCCAGGAUGAUCGCAGAGUUUGCCUAUGGGACAGGAAACUGUGCUAAUCCGAGUAAUUGUCCUACUAUUAUAUGUGGAAUACACUACCUAUACUUUGGCCUGAUCCUGUUUAUUGUCUCAUGCAUCGCCAUAAUUGGGGUCUCCUUAUUAACCAAACCUAUCGACGACAAGCAUUUGCACAGAUUAUGUUGGACUCUGAGAAAUAGUACUGAGGAAAGAGUGGAGAUUGAAUUGGAUGAUUGGGUUGACGAAGGGGAUGAAAUGGAUACAGAAGACCAAGAGGAAAAACCAGGAUUCUUCAAGAAAACAAUAAUGUGCUUCUGUGGACUCGAGAAGACGACAAAGACACCAAAACUGACUCCAGAGGAGCAGGCAGAACUGAAAAAGAAGCUCACAGAUACAACGGAAAAACCUCUCUGGAGAAACGUAGUCAAUGUUAAUGCAAUCAUUCUAUUGUGUGUGGCUGUGUUCUUUCACGGAUACUUUGGUUAG